AUGUUUACAAAUCGUGAAUCUAAACAUUUCUCGUUGGAUGCUCUUGAAUCAAAAUUAAAAAAGAGAAAUCGCAUUUCCAAAAAUGCUGCCAGCUCGCAAGUAUUAUCACGAGUUGAAAAAGAACUCUGGGAAAAGCUUCUUCCUCAUCAAAAAGAAGGAGUCGUUGAAAUGGUGAUCAGAGAGGGCCGUGCUUUAUUAAGCGAUGAACAAGGACUCGGCAAAACAAUGCAAGCUCUUACAUUAUGCUCAUACUAUAGGGCAAACUGGCCAGUUUUAAUUGUUUGUCCUAAAUCUGUUUUACAUGUCUGGAAAGAAGAAAUCAUCACGUGGUUAAAAAUACCUGAAACUCAAAUAGAGAUCAAUGAUGGUAGAAAAUUAAAAAACAAAAAAAGUAAUCGCGUCAAUUUUGUAAUCUGCGGAUAUGAAAGGUUUUCAAAAGAGUCUGGCCUUUUAGCAAAAAAUUACAAAUUUGAUAUAGUUAUUGCAGAUGAAGCUCACAACAUCAAAGAUCCAACAACUCUAAAAGCACGUGCUUUAAUUCCUAUGAUUAAACAAGCAAAACAUUCCAUCUUGAUCACUGGAACGCCGAUUCCAAACAGACCAAUUGAAAUCUUUUCUUUGUUAAAUUCUCUUGAUCCUGUGAUCUUUUCAAAUGAAAUGGAAUUUGCGCUUAGAUAUUGUGGUGCUUUCAUGGACAACUUCAAAAGGUGGAUCAAAACUGGUGCUACCAAUCUAGAUGAGCUUAAUGCCGUGUUGAGAAAAACAGUAUUGAUCAGGCGAUUAAAAUCUGAUGUUUGUUCUGAUCUACCACCAAAAGAACGUGAGACAGUAUUCUGUGAUAUAAAGCCGGAUCUAAAAGAUAAAAUAAGAUUAUUACUGGAAAAUAGCAAGGAUUCAUUUGACAAAGCAUGUAAUUCAUUAAAUCAAAAUGAUUCUGAAAAAAAUACAAAAAAAUCCAGAGACAAAUUAUCUGAAAUUUAUUCACUCACUGGUUACGCUAAAUCUCCAUUCAUUGUAAACUAUGUCAAAGAUUUAUAUGAAAACACUGAUAAAAAAUUCAUUAUCUUCGCCUAUCACAAAAUGGUCCUUGAUGAUAUAGAGAAUUGUAUAAAAACUUAUAAUUCCAAAUCCUAUAUACGUAUUGACGGCGAUACAAAAUCAAACGACAGGCGAAUGUUUUGCAACAGAUUUCAAACAAAUGACGAAACAAGAGUUGCAUUAUUAUCAAUCAUGGCUGCAAAUACUGGUAUUACGCUGACUGCUGCCGACAUUGUACUAUUUGCUGAAUUGACUUGGGAUCCUACUGCAUUGUUUCAGGGAGAAGAUCGUGCACACAGAAUUGGUCGUAAAGAUAAGGUGUUUAUAAAAUACAUGAUUGCAAAGGAUACUAUUGAUGAUUUAAUGUGGGGAGUUAUUACCAAAAAAACUUCUACUACAGAAAAUAUUCUUGAUAAAUAUAAUAAUCAACUUUAUAUUGAUGAAUUCUCGUGUGAUCAGCCAACUUUAACAGAUCAACAAGAUACAAACAACAAUAAUGUUGUACUUGAGGCAUCAUCGCCACAUGUAGCAAUUAUAAAUGUCGAUGAUAUCUCGUCUACCCUAUCAUCCAAUCAAAACGAAUUAAAUAUCAUUCAAAAAGAAUCUGAUCAAAUAAACAAUUCCCAAGAAUUAUUAUUACCAUCAUUCACAUCUGCCACUAAUUAUUAUUCAACUCUAGGUGUAAAUAACAAUGAGGAUUUAAUAAUGACUCAAAAUCAAACAUUACAAAACGAUCAUCUUCAUAAUAACAAUUUCCAACAAUCAUCAUCUACACCUGCUACAACUACUUGUCAACAAGUUGAUAUUAUUACAUGUUCACCUAAUCUAGCUGAUCUAAAGGGUCACAUCAAAGAAAACACAUCAGAAUCAUCAUUAUUGUUGUCAUCACUUAAACAUUGGGAUAAAAAAUCUCAAGAAUCAGCACCACUUACGACAUCACAAGUAAUUAAUUUCGGCGACAAUUAUGUAUCUUAUGCUGAUAAUAGUCAAAAACAAAAAACAAGACUAGAUAUUAAGGGAUACAACAAACCAGAUGUUGGUUCUAGCUGUAAAAAAUUGAGCAAGGAUGAUUUAUUGGAAUUGCAGGAAUCUUGUUUUGGAUUUGACGCAAUAGAAUUUGUUCAAAGUAAAAAAAUAGUAACUGGCAAUCAAUCAGAAUUUAUAAUUAAUGAUAGAAAAAGAAACUUUAAUUAUGAUGAAGAGGAGUGGCUUGUUAGUCCCAAAAAAUUUCGUGAGGGUAGUUAG